AUGCAAUUCACUACUCUCCUUCCUGCCCUCCUAUCCUUGGGCUUGGCCAAUGCGGCCACCCUCGCCCAGCCCUCCACCUGGCAGGUCACCAACUGGCAGAUCGUCAGCUCGGGCGGUACAGUCUACUCCUUCAACAUUACAGGUGCCGCGACUGCCAAUUCCCCCGGUUUCAAGACCCAUUGCGAGGGUAUCGUCCCCAAUGCCACUGCCUGCGAUGACACGAACAUCACCGCGGUCGUCACCGAGCAGACACACCCUCUCUGGAACGUCGCCGUCACGCACGAAUGGCACAUCUUCCCUGCUGGUGAAUCCGAGCAGACCUACUGGCAAUCCGGCUCCAAGAACGUGAGCAACACGCAGAACAAUUUCACCAUCACCCCCACCCUGUUCUACGGUGUCGCGUAA